CCAGAAUAAUCGAAAACGCAUCGAAGUUUAUUAUAAGCGACUUGAAAUAAAAGUGAAGUGCGAAUAAUCCAAGCUUGAAAAUGGCAUUACUACCACUGUUGUUCGAGAACUACGUUCGUCCAACUCGUCUUUUGGACCAGCAAUUCGGUUUAUGUUUGGAUCCCGAAGACCUGUUAGCCCCUGUGCUCGACCCGGGACAUGUUCUUGGCCAUUUCAGAAGUCCUGUGGGGUAUAUUCGUCCUUGGAGAACAGCCCUUUCUCAGAGAGACGUUGGAUCUACCCUGGCCAUCGACAAAGACACCUUCAAAGCCAACUUGGACGUUCAGCAGUUCAAACCAGAAGAGAUAACUGUGAAAGUUACUGGUAAUAACACCAUCAACAUCGAAGGAAAACACGAGGAAAAGCAAGAUGAGCACGGUUUCAUAUCUAGGCAGUUCGUGAGAAGAUAUGUUUUACCAAAAGACUGCGAUAUUAAUAAAAUAGAAUCGAAAUUAUCAUCUGAUGGUGUGCUUACCAUAACUGCGCCUAGGAACAAACCAGAAGAGGCCGAAAAUAAAAGCAUCCCUAUAACACAAACUGGUCAACCGGCAAAGAUCGAACAGAAGAAAGAAGAGAAAGUUGAAAAGAAAGUGUAGGAAAUUUUUUUAUUUUGAUAUGAGUGUAAUAUUAAGUUUAUGAGGUUCUAAGUUGUUAAGACUGUUAUUUAAUUUUUAUACAUAUUUGUAAUAAAAUAAAAAAUUAAUUUUA